GUUCCGGAGGAGGGCAGCAGCUCGCCUGAGAUAACCCUGACAGUCCGCCGAAGUCAACACACACUUAUCCGAUGAUGAAGGCAAAGAGCAAGCAGGGAUACGAGAGGGAAGACUGACAGAGAUUUAACCACGGCAAGACAGUUGACAGAGGACUUUUGUUUAGCUAGCAUUAGCUAACGCUACACGCUCCUUCUCAGUAGUCAUUAAAGCAUCGCCGGCAGAAAACUUGAAACCAGACACUUCUAGUGACCUUUAAUCCACUGUUUGUCUGACAGUUGUAACUAUGUUGGCCAGGACAGCCCUGAGCAGAGGAAUCACUGCUCACCGCCUCAGUAAGAAUGUCACUUUCUACAUGAAUGAAGUAGUGUCUCCAGCCUCAGGAUGUCAGACCCAAGCCUCUGAAGACCACAAACCCCUCAUGCUGAUGCUGCCGUGGAUGGGUGCACGUCCCCAUGCUGUGGCCAAGUAUUGUGACAUCUACUUUCGCACCGGCUUCGAUGUGCUUGUAGUGGAGAGUGAGGUGCAAGAGUUCCUGUGGCCUCGCUGGGGUCUGGAUCAUGGAAAGAGGCUGCUGGAGUUGCUUCAGAGUGAACGUUUUGCGUCCCGUCCGCUGCUUGUCCAUGCCUUCUCCAUCGGUGGCUUCACAUUUAGUCAGCUGCUGAUACACGUGUCCCAGGACACACAGAAAUAUCAGUCGCUCACAAAUAGGAUCAAAGGCCAGGUCUUCGAUAGCUUGGUUGUAGGCUCUCUGGAGAGGAUGGCAAUAGGUCUAGGUAAGACUGUAUUUCCUCGUUUGGAGACACUGGUAAAACAAGUAAGCUUGCUAUACUUUUCCAUAUUCAAACACCAAACGGUAGACCACUUUAACACGAGCAUCGAUGUCUUUUGGAACACUCCCAUCCCUGUUCCUGCACUGUUCUUCUUUUGCGAGAAUGAUGCGCUAAGCGACGCGCAGACCAUGGAGGAUUUGAUCAGUUUUUGGCGUAAGCGAGGGAUAGAUGUCACAGCAAAGAAGUGGGAGGAUUCCACACAUGCAGGUCACCUGAAAAGGCACCCGCAAGAGUAUCUGGCUGCCUUAGACUUUUUCUUCCAUUCACUCCCUAUCUCUACACUGAAGGCUAAGAUGUAAGUUUAUGUAUGUUUAUCCAUGUUAUCCAUUUAGCUUGACUUUUAUCAUUUGUGUGUUUUACCUAAAAUGUUUGUUAGCUUGUGUGUUGCCAUAAUGCCAAAAUGCAUUAAUUAAUGCUACAGUCAGCUAGUAGUUCUGUUCAGUUUAAUUCAAGUUUGAGAAAGUGACAGGAAAAAAAUCUCAGUUGUUCCUCAUUAAACAUAAAAGGUGCAACUGCAGCUUCAGUUUCCUGUAAUAUCUCAGCAAAACAGCACUGAAUCCACAAAUUAUCAAAAUAGUUUCCCAUUUAUUUUGUCAAUAUAUUAAUUAAACAGAUCAUUGCAGCUCUAUUUCAGUUUAAAUAAGGCUCUUAAAAUAAUACAUAAAAACUUAAAACAAUAAAUAAUGAUUAAAUCACCAUAAACUAUUUUUACCUUAACUUCAUUAACCCAAACUAAGUUUCAUAAGUUAGUCUUUGGGAACAAAAGGAAGAUUUCUACUAUAGAUCUAUAUCUAAACUACUUUGGAUCGAGUUUGUCUAGUUUGCAUGAAACCCUAAUUUCCAAAGCAAAUGCGCUGAAUACUGUUGUCCAUUUGCAUUUUCAAAUUCACAGCUAUUUUCAGAGAUGAAUGCAACAAAGUCAGUGGAAAGAUGUCAGCAGAGAUAGCCACAAGCACAUUUGCUCCAAGGCAUCAUGAACCAAGGCAAGGUAAAGCAGUCCUAUAUGUACAGCAACACUUGUAACAACACUUGUAAACAACAAGUGUCAUUUAUGUCAAAACACUAAGGCUUAGAACACACAGAUGUUUAAGUUGAAAGUAUUUCAUUUUGAGUGAAGUUUAAAUUCGUUACUUCGUGAUGUUUGUACUGAACCAGAUAAAACUGGGGUCCUGGUGAAGCUAGAGUUUGUGUGAGCUCAGACUUUUUUUUGUAUCACAAAAUAUGAUGCCAAAUAUAAAUCCUGGUGCUCAUAUUCCCCUGCAUGCAGUCAACAGUGUAGGCAACAUUUAUGAAGGAUUAGUACAUUUCCUGUUACUGUAGGUGUAGGUCUUCCCAGGGAAAAUUCUGUGGACUGCAGUUUUGUGUAUCUGGUAGCAGCAUGUAGUUUAGCAUACACAGGAGAAAAAUGAGAAAAAGAGUAACUAGCAUGAAUAUAGCUGAAAACUUAUUCAUUGACCUCAUUAACAAAUACAUAAAAAAACAUGUUCCAGUUGCUCCUCAGCAGCCAUUCCUCAUAGACAAAGAUGUUCAAACUGUGCAAACUCAUCUAUCUCAACACUGUGGAACACUUUCUUCUUCUUCUCUUCCCUUCAUUCCUUUGUCAAGGGAAACAGUACUGUUUGUUUACUAGUGUACUCUCAUCUCAGGAAGUAAACUCGCUGCACUGCUACUUUGCAAUAACUUGCAUAUGAAAAUUGUACAUUUACAUUUCUGACAUUGGCCCGGCACAUUACUUGGGAAUCCAUCCAGUGUUUUCAUUGAAUGGUGAACAGUGUCAAGAAAACCUCUCCUCUUUCCACCUUCCUGUCAGUGACUCAACACCUUGGGAAGAUUUUGUAUAUUUGCCAGAAAGGAGAUUUAUAGUGCAAUGCUGGAUUUAUUUUGUGAGGAAGAAAAUGAGCCAUUAUGCAUACUCAACACAUAACCUCAUAUUUAUGCAAUAAAUCUCCAGGGACCACUGAUUCUUUGUGGAUGACUACUUGUGCCUUGAAGAAUAUGUCAUCUUCCGUGAAAUUCCACUGCAGGUGUUUGUUGACCGUGCUUAAUGAAAACCAUAUGAUAACAGAGGCCUUUUUUAGACAGUUUCUUUAGCAAAAAAAGUUGCGUUGCACUGAAAACUUGGUAUCCAUCAGUUAUUUGGCUGUCAGAUGUUUACAAAGGUUUAUCUGUCUUCACUUUGUUUCUGUUGAUAUUAGCACUGUCUGUUACAUUGUACCUGUUAACCUCCAAGAUCACACAGUGAGUAAAGUCUGUUUAAACAAACACGGCUUUCACAAACUACCAACACAACAAGGAACAAGUUGAGACUUGAAAACUGCUGAUACCUUAGAAAUUACCUUCGUUUUAACGUUUUACCAAUGAAUGUCUGUUAAAGGUAGUUGUUGACAUACACGUUUCUGAUAUAUGCAAUUAUAUAAUAUUGUUAUGCUCAUAUUCUCUCUUGCCUUGUGUGUGGUAUGGAAAUAAAUAUGAAGGCAUCUUU